CCGGUUGCAUGGCGCGCUGCGAGCGGCUGCGUGGCGCGGCCCUGCGCGACUUGCUGGGCCAGGCGCAGGGCGUCUUGUUCGACUGCGACGGGGUGCUGUGGAACGGCGAGCGCACCGUGCCGGGCGCCCCCGAGUUGCUGCAGUGGCUGGCGCGGGCGGGCAAGACCACGCUUUUCGUGAGCAACAACAGCCGGCGCGCGCGGCCCGAGCUGGCGCUGCGCUUCGGCCGCCUGGGCUUCGCGGGGCUGCGCGCUGAGCAGCUCUUUAGCUCAGCGCUGUGUGCCGCGCGCCUGCUGUGCCAGCGUCGUCUGCUUGGGUCGCCGGGCACCGUGUUCGUGCUGGGCGGUGAGGGGCUGCGCGCCGAGCUGCGUGCGGCGGGGCUGCGCCUGGCGGGGGACCCCGGCGACCACGGCUCGCGCGUGCGCGCCGUGCUCGUGGGCUACGACGAGCACUUCUCCUUCGCCAGGCUGAGCGAGGCGUGCGCGCACCUGCGCGACCCCGACUGCCUGCUAGUAGCCACCGAUCGCGACCCUUGGCACCCGCACAGCGACGGAAGCCGGACCCCCGGUACCGGAAGCCUGGCUGCAGCAGUGGAGACAGCCUCAGGACGCCAGGCCCUGGUGGUGGGGAAACCCAGCCCCUACAUGUUCCAGUGCAUCGCCGAAGAGUUCAGUGUGGACCCCACCCGCACACUGAUGGUGGGUGACCGCCUGGAGACCGACAUCCUCUUUGGCCACCGCUGUGGCAUGACCACCGUGCUCACACUCACAGGGGUCUCACGCCUCGAAGAAGCCCAGGCUUACCUGGCAGCUGGUCAGCAUAGCCUUGUGCCUCACUACUACGUGGAGAGCAUUGCAGACUUGAUGGAGGGGCUGGAGGACUGAACCCACCUCCCCCAUUCCCCGAUCCCGUAAAUGGAGGCUGCGGGCCAUGAGUCACAUUCGGCAACAUGAGCUACCUGGCCCAGGUGUCUACCCCAAUGAAGGGAAGCUGGAAUCCGGGAAGGUUUGUGGGCCCUCAUACCCCUCCCAGCAGUGGCUGGACACUCUGCUGUUCAGAAACUGUCCCUCCACAUCUUGAAUGUUCACCCUGGCCUGACCCCACCACCUGCGGUCACCUCCCCUUCUUAAAAAAAAAUAAAUAAAUAAAAAUAAAAAAAAUAUAUAUAUAUUGGGCUGGAGAGAUGGCUCAGAGGUUAAGAGCAUUGCCUGCUCUUCCAAAGGUCCUGAGUUCAAUUCCCAGC